UUUCCUCCUAAACCAAACAGCAUUCCUCCUCAAAAACAGUGUCCUCCCUCUCCCGGUAACAAUUGCCGGUGGCAAUACACCGGAGGAUUUGACUGUGCGUUAUCCAUGGAAGACAAGUAUCUGCACUUAUUCUUGGAAGAGACCUCGCUUUAUAACAACAUCGUGUUGGGCCAUCUGCUUCCAUCCAGCUGGUGGGUCUCACUUCCCCGCUUCUGCCAGGCGUGGCUACGCAACUAUAUUGCUGGAAGCCUUCUGUACUUGACUACUGGGUUCCUCUGCUCCUUUUAUGUUUAUUACCUGAAACGCAACGUCAAUCUCCCUAAAGAUGCCGUUCCUACAACAAAAGUCAUGCUGUUGCAAAUAUAUGUGUCUAUGAAGGCCAUGCCAUGGUACUGUGCACUCCCAUCAGUUUCAGAGUACAUGGUUGAAAAAGGGUGGACGAAAUGUUUUGCGAGAGUUUCUGAUGUUGGCUGGCUUGCUUACAUCGCGUCUUUAAUUGCGUAUCUUGUUGUUGUGGAGUUUUUGGUUUACUGGGCGCACAGAGAAAUGCACGAUAUAAAGCCUCUCUACAAGUAUCUUCAUGUAACUCAUCACAAGUAUAACAAGCGCAAUAUUCUUUCUCCCUUUGCAGGUAUGGCAUUUCAACCGCUCGAUGGAGUAGUGCAAGCAGUCCCCCAUGUUAUAGCUUUGUUCAUCGUUCCCACACAUUUUAGGUCACAUAUAGCUCUCUUUUUCGCAGAGGCCAUAUGGACAGCAAAUAUUCAUGAUUGUAUCCAUGGCAAGGUAUGGCCUAUUAUGGGUGCCGGCUAUCACACAAUCCAUCAUACAACAAAUCGGCACAAUUAUGGCCAUUACACCAUAUGGAUGGAUUGGAUGCUAGGUACCCUUCGUGAUCCUAAGGAAGAUGCAUUUCAGAAGGCCAGGUGAUACACAGUUUAGCCUUCAAAUAAUUGUUGAGUGCUUUAAUUUGUUGGUAGUGUUGGAAGAAUAAUUUGAAAUGUUGGUCUCUCAGUUAUGUGUGUUUAGUAAAUUAAGCAUGUCGUCUCAAAUCAAUUAAAUAACUAAAAAGGG